GCUCUCAUCAAAUGAAAACCCUAAUAUUUUCCAUUUCUCUCUUCUCUAUAAUUCAAAAGUAAAUAAUAUCAUCAUUUUCAUAUUGGUGAUUGAAAUUUGGGAAAUUCGACGGUUAUGAUGUCAGAAAUUACAGUUAGUAGAAAUGUGACGAGUAAUCAUCUCAACAACCAACAAUCUUCAAGAAUCAUGGGUAAAAUUUCUAACCCUAAUCCUAAUCUUUCCAAUCAUCAAUUUUCUAGGAAGCAAUUGGAUCUUGAAAACGAUGAAUUGUUAUCUGCAACAUCAUUGGGUGAUGCGUCGUCGUUUAACCAUCAUCGUCGGAAACAAGAAAGAAUCAUCGAUUAUGUUAAUUUCGACAUUUCGAGUUUGUCGAAGUCUGAGAUUCGUUCUCUGAAAGCUCGAUUAAUGUCGGAACUCGAAAAAGUUCGUUCUCUUUCAAAUCGAGUUUACUCUGGAAAUUUUCGAAACGAUUCUUUGAAUAAUCAUAUAAAGAAACGUCCGCUGCCGUUUCAAUCGCAAACGAAAGAAGCAAAACGGGUGAAACAACAAAAGGGGGAAACAUCGUGUGUGGCGAGUCCGCAGCUGAUGAAAAUGUGCUCGCAAGUGUUAACUAAGGUGAUGAAACAAAAAAACGGACAUAUUUUUAAUGCCCCUGUUGAUGCUGUAGCAUUAAAAUUGCAUGAUUAUCAUCAGAUUGUUAAGAAACCAAUGGAUUUGGGUACAAUCAUGAACAAAUUGAAUCAAAGGGUUUACAAGAAUCCUGAUGAAUUUGCUGCUGAUGUUAGGCUAACUUUUAAUAAUGCUCUUUUAUAUAACCCUAAAGGGCACGAAGUUCAUUCAUUGGCAGAACGUUUUCUUAAACAAUUUGAGGAGUCGUUUCAGCCCGUUUCUAAGCGUUUUCAACAUGAAAAGACUCAAUCAUUCAAUCGAAUCAAGAACCAAGUUGAAAUCCCCGAAAAAGAUGUGUUGGAUGUUGAUGAUGAAGUUCAAGGUAGCUGUUUGAGCAAAAACCCUUCUCCCGUUCAAAAAUACAAACCUCCACGAGAUGCGGAAGUCUUUUCGACUCCUGUUACAGUUCCGGCACUGAUGUCUGCUGAAGUUGCUCAGCCAGCUCAAAAGGUAGAAGAUGUGGUCGUUGUGGGCGCGAGGGUAAAGAAUGCGAAACCGCCGAAGCCAAAAGCAAAGGAGCUGAACAAGAGGGAGAUGACAAUGGUAGAGAAGCAUAGGUUGGGAUUAGGGCUACGGAGUUUGCCGGAUGAGAAGAUGAUUCAUGUGCUACAGAUUAUUAGGAAGAGGAACGGCUAUUUGACACAAGAUGGGGAUGAAAUUGAGCUUGAUAUUGAUGUUUUUGAUACAGAAACUCUUUGGGAACUUGAUAGGUUCGUUACAAAUUUUAAGAAGAUGGUUAGUAAACUAAAGAGGCAAGCUUUAAUGCCAGUUCGAGAUCACAAUCUGUCUCAUUUUGAUAAGCAUAAUCAGGUGGAUGGAGCCGAGACAGUGUUGGAAACUGCAAAGGAAGUGAAAAGGGGUGUAGGGGAUGAUGAAGAUGUAGACAUUGGAGAUGAAAUUCCAGUGCAUAAUUUCCCACCAGUGGUGAUUGAUAAAGAUUAUUGCAAAAAUCAAGGUGGUGGUGAUGAUGAUCGUGAAAGUAGUAGUUCUCGUAGUUCAAGCAGUUCAAGUAGUGAUACAUCCUCUUCUAGUGAUUCUGAUUCAGGAAGUUCAUCAGAUAGUGAUUCGGAUGUUGAUGAAGCUCAAUCUCGCGACAAUCAGUCUAAUAACAUUGCCCAUUAAUGAAAUAAGGUCUUGAGAUUGUUGGGGUGGAUUGCUUUUUUAGAGAAGUUCUUGAAUGUCAAACUGUUGUGUUGCUUGGUGAAGCAAAGCAUAAUAUGCUCUUUGGAAGUAAAAGUUUCGAGUGUUGCUGAUGUUUGAAACAACCAAUGGAUUCGGAAAGUUUGCUUAGAUUAGACUCAGAGUAAGAUUCAUUUGUACAGAGGAAGAAAAUUAUGAGUAGUAGUUUUGAUUUAUAAUUUUUUGAUUGGUGGGUCUCAUAAGAGAAGAUUGAUGUUGGGUUUCCUUUCUUUUCAACGGAAGAAUUGAGGAUGUGUAAUGUAAAGAUGGUAAUGGUGAAUGGUGAUGAUCACAAACUGAAAGGCGAAAAAGAAGAUGAAUUGUAGGUAGGUUAGGGCAGAUAGAUUUAGGUCAGUAAAAAAAGUCGAAGAUGGCUCAACAAAAAAAUCAUUAGAAAAUGAAGUUAAAAAAUGAAGGUAUGAGAAUUGAGAUGUUCUCUGAUUCUUUUUUAUUUAUUUUUUUUUGUUUAAUUUUGAAGAGGAUUUGUAGGAAUGGAGAAAGUUGUAAUACUUCAUUUUUACUUAAAGAUACAAAAGAUUUAUGAAUCAAAAAAAAAUUAUUUUGCAAUUUUGCAAAUUCUAGUGCUGGUGAUCAUAAAAAGAUAGUGAAAUGACAUACAGUAGUUUUCUGUUAUGUGGACAGACCAGACCCAAGUGCACAUGAGAUGGCAGAUCAUGUGUGCCAAAUGAUCAAAUUGUAGGAGUAAGUUGUAAUGUGACAAUUUUUAGUACCUUUUAAUUGCCAAUAGCUGCUUAUUGGCUGGUCUAGCAAAA